UCCCUGUUUCACCUGCCCGCAUUUCGACAAAUGGUUCUCAACUUUGUGCCCCCAGCCAACAUGCAUGCCCACCAAGCCUCAUUAUCAGAUGCACCUGCCAAUGCCCCAUCUAAUAGCUCUGAGUGUCCGGCCGCCCAGUCUGAACGACGCAACCUCCUCUUCAUGACAGAGUUGAGGGCACUGUUUGCCCUGAUGCAGGGAACAAAGCGGAAGUACGUUGAUCCUAGCAAGGCAGUGGAAAUCUUGAAAGGAGCCUUUAGUACCACUGGGGGAGCAAAUAGCCAACAGGAUGUGAGUGAGUUCACGCACAAACUACUGGAAUGGUUGGAAGAUGCCUUCAAGUCAGAUUGUUCGCGUCCUCCAUCACCUCAAGCAGGGGAAGAGGAGGGUGUAGAAACCCCCCGGAGGAACCCAAUGUUAGAUCUCUUCUAUGGCCAGUUCAAAGCAGAAGGAAUCAAUGAAGGUAAAGUUUUUACAAACCAAGAGACGUUUGGACAGUAUCCCCUCCAGAUCAGCGGUUAUGAAGACUUACAUGAGAGUAUCGAAGCUUCCAUGUCACACCGAGAGAUUGAAACUGUGCAACAUGCCAAAGAGAAAUCAGCACAAGAGCACUGGUUUACGAGGCUGCCCCAGGUGUUAAUCUUCGAGCUGUCACGAUUCCACUUCAAUCAAGCAACAGGAAGACCAGAAAAGAUUCACAACCACUUCACCUUCCCACAGACGCUUUACAUGGACAGGUACAUGGAAUGCAAUCAAGGGGUGACUCGUAUCAAACGAACACAGGUGCAUCAGAUUGCCCAACAACUAGAGGUGCUUCAGGGUAGGUUAGAGAGGUAUCUCAACUAUGGUUCUGGACCCAAGCGUUUUCCCCUCCAAGAUGUUCUGCAAUAUGCCUUAGAGUUUGCCCACAGUACUUCCCCUGAGAAUAGUCCCAUACGACGAUCAGUGACGCUGUCAUCAAAUAACUCCAAUAUACAGGAUGUUGAGAUGUCAUCUCCGCCACGGUCGUUGACUGGUAGCCCGCCAGCCUCAGGUUUCAGUCCGGAUUACAAGUCCCAAGCCUCGGUGCCUGUCAACGAUGUCGCCAUGUCGUCUCCAUCUUCAUUGCCAAACUCUCCUGCCGACUUGACACGAUCGGGAGCAAACCCCUCACCGAAACACAUCACGGACACUGAGUUAGAUAUCCUGCAGGGUUGCCUGCGCCGUUGGAGGACAGAGGUCGAAUCUGAUGUCAGAGAUUUACAAGACAAAAUAGCAACGCUGAAAGAUCUCAAAUCUAAUGUCUACCAGGAUGACAACCUCAGAAAUCAUGUGUACCAGCUACAUGCCGUCUUGGUCCACGAAGGUCAAGCCUCUGCCGGUCACUACUGGGCUUACCUCCUGGACCAUCGACGGAACGUGUGGCUCAAGUUCAAUGACAUCUCAGUGUCAGAAGUCAACUGGGUUGACCUGGAGCGUGAAUCAGUCGGGGGAUCAGGUAACGCCAGUGCAUACUGCCUGAUGUACGUCGAUGCCAAAAGACGGGACCUGUUUGAAGGUAGGUCACUGCAAUUCAAAACUAUUACUAUACCUCUAAUCAGACAGUGGGAUGAGAUGAAGGAAAAGCGGGGCACCAGUCGAGCAGCCAAUGCAGCCACGUCCACCAAUGAAGACAAGGUUGUGUAUCUUGGAGAGAGAAAAUCUACUACAACGGGGGUCAAGAAGACUAUGACCCAGCCCCGUCCUGCAUCUCCUGCCUCUGUCUACCCCGCUGAGCGUCCUCUCUCAGCUGCUGUACCAGAUAGUGUGUCCGCGUCCACACAUUGCCCUGGCUCGUAUGUCGCAUCAUCAUCAUCAUCUCUAAGCUCUCCAUCAUCAGUGUCGCUGUCGCUAGAGAGUAUCAGAACGGAGCAAGAUGCAGAGGCUGCUCUAGAUCAGGUCUGCUCGGACGAGUUAGAGAGAUAUCGCACUCUCCUGGCGCAAGAGAUGUCUCCGAUGAGAGAUGUGAGGCUAGAGAGCCCAGUAGCUUACUAUCUGAAGAACAGCGCCCCCAGGGUCAUUGUACGACGUGCUGUCUUGGAGCAGUUUGCAUCUGCCAAGGGAAUAAACAUUGAUGUUCGAUCCCAGGCAUUAAGAAAGAUAGCUCAGCGUCAGCUGGAUAGUCAGACGAGAUCCAGGUCAGAGGAAGAUAAUUACAGGUUAUGGUUGGAGGAUUAUAGAGUGUUCUGCAUGGCAAAUACUUACUUCAUUCAGGGAAUUCAACUGUACUUCCAACAGGAGCAAGAUGGUUACCAGGAAGCAUUACCACACUUUGUCCAUGCGUGCAACAUGAACGACAAGUUUAUAGGUGAGAAGCCACAGAAGGCAAUGGACUUUGGCAUGCUAGCACACUUCAGGAGGCAGUGUUUACUGCAAUUGAAUGCCCAGUGCACCAAUCAGUUUGAUUCCAGCGAUGACUGUGAAGCCCUACAGGGUCUAGAGAUCUUGAACAAUCUGGUGGUGCCGUGUACAGGGAUUCUAGCUAGCUCUUCGGCUGAAGAAGACACGGCAGCCGCUGAAGAGAUACGUGGAGGCUGGUGCAGCUACCUCAAUAGAGACGUCAGCAGCAACCUGCAUGAGAAAUUCCAAGACUUUCUAUCCAAGCUUCUAGACAUGUCAUCUGAGCCCACCAGCAUCAAGGCCCCGCCCCUGUGCCACACCCAGAAGAAGGAGAAUUUGAGUCAGAUGUUUACCGUUGCCAUGGGAAUGAUUCACAACAGUGACCAACCAACAGGCUCAUGAUGAUGUGAUGGGGGCUCUGAACAGACCCACAGUAUAGCAAAUAAGCCAUGACCGUGGACUACAGUGGCUCCUAGGUGACACAUCCUGAGGCAACGAGAAUGACCUGUGAUGGUGAUCAGCAAGCCCAUAAUGAUCUGAUUGUUAAAAGCUCAAGGUUUGCCACCAACACAGUGAAUGGCAAAUAAUCCAUGGAUUUGGCCAUGAACUUCCAAAGCAGUAAGCUCACAAGCCCCAUGGGAAUGGUCUCUAUCAGUGACCAGCUGACAGACCGGUCAUUAACCUGUUGUCAUGGGUUAAAGUUCAGGUGCAAGACCAUAGUCUUGGGAAAUAACCACACACCAGACCAUAAACUAUUGUGGUUCCCAGCCUACAACUUCCAUAUUUCAUGAGAGUGAUCUGUAGUUUUAUUCAGCUAAACAAGCAUCACAUGGUCUACUCACCACGGUCUGAAGCUGUCACAAACACCUGCGGUGUGGCCAUACAGCCCACAGACCUCACCAUAUUCUUAACCAUUGCGCUAAACAGUGUACAACAUUGAGACUGUAUCCUGCUGUCUUCUGGCUUGGCUAAGAACACCAAUUUAUCACCCCAAGGUUCAUCUGAUUUUCUGAAGUUGCACAAGCCCAUAGCUUUCAGUAGGCACAGUGCUCCUACCAAAGGGGUAUUUGAAUAUGAACCAUGGUCCUAGAUACCCCAUAGACUUAGCCAUAAUGUACAGUGGCACCCAGGUGCUACAGUCCACCCAUUGAUCUCAUGUCUACCGUUGAUCUAUUGGUACACCUCACAGACUCCUAUGGCUAUGGUUCGGGAACUGAAUUAGGAGACCUGUUUAUCAGAGAUCUACUGGAUUAUAUUCUACACUGAAAGUAGGUUUGCGAUAGCACCAUGGACGUAUCUCUGUUGUGAGUAUUUGCGGUUCUGAAAAGAACCAGUGGUACUUGACGUUUCGAGCAC